AUGACAAUUCAUGUUCCAAAUAUUGAACGAAAAAAAAAUGAAAAAUUAAUUAUUGAAUAUUAUGAUGAACAUAUUAAUGAUAGACCUAUGUUAUCAAUUUUAAAAAUGUCCUAUCGAUAUUUUGUUUUACAACAUGGAACAAUAUCUGUAUUACUUCAAAAUAAUGAUAUAGAAGUAGUAAAAAAUAUACUUAAAGAAUAUUUUGAUAAGUUUAUUGAAUAUCAUUUACAAAGAAUGAUAAUUGAUAUAACAGUUGAUUCUUCAUUUUUUGGUGUACAAUUUUUACCAGUUGAAAAAUUAAUCUAUAUUAAAGUUCAAUCAAUUUUACGACGAUUUGAAUUACGUUUUACAUCAUUGAAAGAAACAUUAUUUCUACAUAGAAAUCAACUUGUAUGUGAAACAAAUAACGAAGCAUUCUUAUGUUCAUCUUCAAAUCAUAUAGGCGAACAAAAGUCUAAGAAAACAAUAAGUCCAAAUCUAAAUCGAGAACAAACAAAUGAAUCGUUACCAAAAUAUCAAUCUGUUGUACUUAAUGAUGGUGCUCGUAUACGUAUAGUUAAUUGUUCAAAUGAUAAUACUAAACAUUCAUCUUCACGUAAUUCAACGAAUUCUACAACACUAAAAAGAUGUUCUAUAUCAAUCGAUAAAAUCGAUGAAAAUUGUACAACAAAAUCUACACGUAUAAAUACUCGAAAAAUAUCUUCAACAAAUUCUAAAAUUCCCGAUACAUUAGAAAUUGUACCAUCAUAUCAAGCACAAUCAGUAAUAUUAUCUCAUAAUGAAAUAUCAAAUAAAUGGUUAACCCAUAGUGUUUUUUAUCGUUGUCAUGUUUGUUCACAUGAAGAAUUUUUUGUUGUUCUAUCACGUGAAUGUAUACGUUUACAUAUAUCAUCAAAACAUGGAAAUAUGGAAGAAAAUUUUAAACAACGUAUUUCGAAUUUUCUUAAUAAUCAAGGACGAGCAUUAAAAAUAUUUCAACAUUAUCUUAAAUGGCAACAACCAUGGUCAGAAAAAGAAAUUGAUCAAAUAUUUCAAUUAUCAAAUGUUAACAAUCGAACAAAUGGUAUUUUUUAA